UUGUCGCUCAACCCAUUUUGGUAAGACAUGGAUGAGAAUAAAUCCAUGGCCCAGCGUCAUACAGUCAUACAAUGUGGAUGUAACAUUAGUAAAACAGAGCAACAUAAAGAAAGAAAAUAAGCUCCUCUUUCCUCCCCUUUUCUCUUUUCUUUUCACUCUAAAUAUCAAAGAUAGAGACGGGGAAGGAGAAUAUUUUAGCUCGACAAUGAUAGAUACAAAUAUUACCAAAAUGAUCAACUCAGAAGAUAUAACAUUGCCAACGAAAAGAGAGUUUCAUCAGGUAGAAUCAUCUACUUAUUGGUUACCCAAGGAUGAUGAUGAACAGAUGAGACUUACAGGGCAACACUUUGCAUUUAAAGACAUGUUUGGAGGAAAUGUACUACGAAGCGUAACUGAAAUUCUUGAUUUAAAGCAAGAGUUAUCUGUGCUUGACGUAGGAUGUGGUCCAGGUGUAUGGAGUAUGGAUAUGAUUACUGACUAUCCGAAUUGCCGUUAUGAAGGCUGUGACAUGGUGGACGUUGUGAGUCAGAAACCUAUGCCUGAACAAUUUACUUUCAGUAUUGGAAAUGUACUAGAGGGGCUACCAUAUCCAGAUAACGUUUUUGAUCUUGUUCACUUAAGGCUUUUUACCUUGGCAUUGCAAUAUGACGAAUGGCCAGGAGUGAUUAAAGAGUUACUGCGUGUGACUAAGCCAGGAGGAUUAAUACAGAUAAUGGAGGCAGAUAUAGAGACACCAAAAGAAAACAAGGAUGCUUUCUGUAAGGCAAUGACGGCAUUAACUACUGUAGCCAAACAAAGACAUCAGAAUCCUCGAAUUGGAAAAGAAUUAGAAAGAUUGCUCAGAGAAGCCGGUAAUACCAAGAUUGUUGAAACAAAGUCUGCUUAUGUCGAUACAACCACUAAUACCGACACAGCUAAAAGAAUUGCUUGGGCUUGGCUGGAGUGUUUGAAAGGAGCAAUGCCAUUGCUUGCAUCCGUCUUGGAACUUAAGAAUCAUGAAGAGCAACAAAAGUUUUUGAAAGAAGUCAAGCAUUGUAUGACCACUACAUGUGGUGGUUUCCUUAUGGAUGCAGUAAUUGCUCAAAAACUGUAAGAUUGUAGAAUAUUUGACAGCUAAAAUAAAUAAACGGCUUUUGUUACUGUAUUCGACUUCUCGGUAAUUGGUUCCUUG